AAGAGUGAUAAAAAUCAAAGUGUAUUUUUUGGUUCCGUCAGUAAUAUUAGAACUACUAACUCUAGUUGUUAGAACUGUUUCCUUCACCUGAUGUAUGUGAUUAAAGGAGACGUUUUCCAUGAAAUGAACAUGUUAGUGUUGUAAAGAGAAUGAGGCGUGUUCGUGACGGACAGCGACAGUAGUUAACAGACGGAGGCGGAAGCUUGGAGACAGAGCUGCGGAGGAAGGAGGCUGAUAGCACCCACAGCUACCGGCCGGGAAGAAGGUCACUGCAGCUGGACGCUACAGCAGGAGCCCCCACCAUUAGCCAGUGAUGCAGGAUGCAUGUCUCAACAUUUAAGCACAGCAACAGAUUCUUACGUCCACCUGCAGAAGACGGUGGAAGAGACAAAGCUGAGCCAAAAGGCAAUAAGAAGCAUCAUGAAAAUGUGACCAUAGCUCCCACAACCUGCUAUCUGACUGACAGACGUUAUGUGGAGAGAAAGCCGCUGUUCACUGAGGAGCAUCAUGUGUCCAUCCUAAAGAUGAGCCAUGCACAGAAGCUCCCAGAGGAGGAGCACCUUUCAGGAGAACACACCAACAUGAACCACCGGGUCAAACCAGCACAGACACUGCUUCCAGAGAGACAUGACCUCUCUCUAAGUGACCUCUCCCUUCCUACAGCUUCUGGAGAAGAACCCAGCUCACCCUUGACUGUUCCAGAACUUCAGACCCAGCGGAGCCACAGAACACCAACUGCAGGAUUACUUUUCCAUGGAAGAUCAGCUCAGGGAAACUUCUCAAGUUCAGUUCUUGAGGUCCAGAACAUAAAUCCUCCUCUGAGGCCACGUCUGACGUCCUCAGUUCUUCAUCCAACAUACACUCCACGCUCAUGGUACCACAGCCCAAGCCAAACCCACCUCAGACCAAGGGAAGGGAGUGGUAUAGAAGAGACAAAGCCACGUUCUUCAGGGGUCAACUCUGAGCGUUCUUAUCAGGUGGACUACUGGGCCUGUGCCAUUCCUAAAGGUAUGCCUCCUUCUCCGGACAGGAAGUCUGCUGCCUGGAAUCCAAACACAGAAUACGAAGCCCUGCUGGACUACACCUACCCACUGAGACCAGGACAUGUCAACAGUGAGCGGAACCGCUCUGAGCUACAAACAGACUCUCUUCUCAGGACCAAUCUUAUCAUGAAGGAUUCAGGAAUUGAAAUGGACCAGUUCUGCAACUCUGCCAGCCUGUCAGGGUUCGACCCAUCUGACAGUGGAGAAGGAAGGAGCAGAGACAUAAGCCCUCUGUGUGCAGAGUACAUGUUACCUGACCUGCAGGUCUUCCCCAGAUCCUCAGAUGUUCCAACCUGCAGUACACCACUCUCCCUUACCCAUCCCAUCAGUUUGUCUCUGGAAAGUUUGGACUGCAGGAAGGACAGAACUGGAACAAGUUAUCAAAGCAGGGAUGGUUGUGACUCUCAGGACAUUGCAGUGGCCUCCUCCUCUUCCACAGCUUUUAUUCGUUCCACCAGUGUUCUCCCACGGUCUAGGUGGGCUGGUGGAGAGAUCGAUGAGGAUUACUGGCCUCUUCCAGAGCAGCUGGAGGAGCUGCAGCAGCUGUCCAGACAGGUGAGGGAGGUGACAGCCCAGCUGAGCCCACCUGUGACAGCCAGCUGUGCGUCUAUUGAUCGGUUCACCACUUCCAUCCUGUCCUCCGUCACCUUUGCAAAGAACCCAGGUGCUGAUGAGCAGACUCAAGAGAUUGUGCAGGACAAACAGGAUGGAAUGCAGAGAAGUGCUGCUCAGACAGCAGCAAGCGGUGACGGGGACUCUGAUACUUUGAGGAGCAGUGCUGGUGCCGGGCUGGACCCUGCAGGAGGAGGACUCAAUCAGACUGGGGUCAGGGAGCGUUUGGUGAAGCAGCUGCAUGGCUCCACCCUGCCUGACAGCCAGGAGUGGAAUGAUUCUCUGAUGAAACACAUCCAGGUGUUCUCUUCACAGCUGGAGCUGCUCAUCCAGCAGCUGUAUGCCCUAUCACAGAGUAUGGAGAAGACUGCUGCACCUGCUAGAAACAUAGGCAGUGUGAAGUCAUCUCUGGCUGAUUAUCAGAGCUUUCAGAAGGAGGUGAGCAGCCAUCAGCCUCUGACCUCCUGUGUUCUGCAUGCUGGGCAGCAUCUUCUCAGCUGCAUCAACGGCACCUCUCCAUAUUUAAGAGACACACUGUUACUUAUUGAGAAGCAGUCUGGAGUUCUGCAGACACACUCUGACCACUUUUUCUCCUCCAUCCUGUCUGCUGUGGACCGCCUGGCUCUGCCCACUCACCACAGUUCUGUUCAGCUGAGAGAAGAGAAGAACUCUGCUGGAACCUAGUAACUUCAGACAGGCUAUGAAAGGGACAAUAUUACCUUUGUGACUUGUUUCUAAUGGUUCUGAUGGUUCCGUAAUUAUGAUUUUCAAGGCACAGAACGACUGUUAUGUUUAAGAAUGAGCUCAUCUGAAGUCUCCUCUUCUUCUCCUCCUGCUCCUCCUCCUCCAUACUGAACCCCAGGCAGUUUCCUUGGAUGAUGGCACCCUGCUCAGCUACUCAACUAUAGGACAAAUAAAUGUUAGACGACAGCUUCAGACAUCCAUACACUGUCUUCCAGGGGGACCAGGUCUAGAAGGGAAACCCAGACCGCUCCUCUCCUCGGGGUCACUCUCAAGCUUCUCAUGGGGCAAUAUUAUUGAAAGUUUAUUUAUGUCAGUAACUCCAUCACUAAGGCGGAUGUUUUCAAGCCUUUAUUUCUGUUAAUUAUGAUUUUCUGCUUACAGCUGAUGAAACCAUGACAUUUAGGAUUAGAAUAUUACAUCAGAUCAUUAAAAUAUUAAAUACAGAAAUGUGGUUUUAAUGAAAAGUAUGUUUAAAACCUGCUUAAAAGUUAUUUUUAAUCUGACAAACGACCCUCAUCAGAACACAUACUGAUUUAUUGAGUCGGACUGUACAAUCCCCCCAGUUUGUCCUAAUUGCUCCUCCUUGUAGGACCUACCCAGAACAUCUCCAAAUGGAGAUCUUCAAGAGGCAUCCCAAGCAAAUGACUCUGAACAACAUCACCUGAUUCAACAGGUGCAGUGUUACCAUAUUUUUUAUCGAAUCAUUUUGUCACAUGGUAUUGGAAGAUAUGUUAUUAAAACUCACAUGAGGUUGGGACAUUGUAUAAAACAUAAAUAAAAACAAUACAAUGA